UUGCUUCAGACCUCUCUCUCUCUCUCUCCCAAAUCCCUAACCCUUUUCUCUGUAUAAAUACUUAGCAGAAGCGCUCCAUAAAGAUGAAAUGCUAGAGAGAGAAAGUAGAGAGAGAUAGCUCUGAACCUUUCCCACCCCUUUCUUCCUCUUCGUCUUUUCCGAGAAACUCUCCGAUCUGUACGAUUAAUCUCUUUCAGUAUUGUUGAAUUGAUCUGGGAGGGUUUAGAUCCUUUUGCAGAGAGAAAGAUGUCUUCGCUUAGCAGAGAGCUUGUUUUUCUCAUACUUCAGUUUCUGGACGAAGAAAAAUUCAAAGGAACAGUUCACAGGUUGGAGCAAGAGUCGACUUUUUACUUCAAUAUGAGGUACUUUGAGGAUAUGGUGACAAAUGGAGAGUGGGACGAGGUAGAGAAGUAUCUCUCUGGUUUCACAAAGGUUGAUGAUAAUAGAUACUCUAUGAAGAUCUUCUUUGAGAUUCGCAAGCAGAAGUACCUUGAAGCUUUAGACAAGCGGGAUCGAGCUAAGGCCGUGGAUAUUUUAGUCAAGGACUUAAAAGUGUUUGCCGCAUUUAAUGAAGAGCUUUUUAAGGAAAUUACACAGCUACUGACUCUGGAGAACUUUAGAGAUAAUGAACAGCUAUCUAAAUAUGGAGAUACUAAGUCUGCAAGGGAUAUAAUGCUUGGCGAACUGAAAAAGUUGAUAGAAGCUAACCCUCUAUUUCGUGAUAAGCUUCAAUUUCCUGCCUUGAAGAACUCAAGAUUGAGGACACUAAUAAAUCAAAGUUUAAACUGGCAGCAUCAGCUUUGCAAGAAUCCAAGACCUAACCCUGACAUAAAGACCUUAUUUGUGGAUCACAGUUGUGGGCAGCCCAAUGGUGCCAGGGCUCCAUCCCCUGUCACUAAUCCCUUAAUGGGAGCUGUCCCAAAGGCAGGGGGUUUCCCACCAUUGAGUGCUCAUGGUCCUUUUCAGCCCACACCAGCUGCUCUUCCUACAUCUAUUGCUGGAUGGAUGACAAAUCCAUCUCCUGUCCCUCACCCCUCACCUUCUGCUGGGCCUAUUAGUUUGGCAACUAACAAUGCAGGAGCCCUCUUGAAGCGCCCUAGAACCCCUCCAACCAAUAACCCAGCUAUGGAUUAUCAAACUGCAGAUUCUGAACUUGUUCUGAAGAGAUCAAGACCAUUUGGAAUGUCAGAUGAAGCCAAUAAUCUACCAGUGAAUAUCUUGCCUGUUGCAUACCCCAGUCAGAACCAUGGUCAGAGCUCCUAUUCUUCUGAUGACUUGCCAAGGUCUGUUAUUAUGACUCUAAGUCUGGGUUCAGGUGUAAAGAGUAUGGAUUUCCAUCCAGUGCAACAAACUCUACUACUUGUUGGGACAAACAUGGGUGACGUCAUGAUUUAUGAGCUACCAAGUCAUGAAAGAAUUGCCAUGAGAAAUUUCAAAGUUUGGGAUCUAGGAACAUGUUCAGCAGUCCUGCAGGCAUCUCUGUCCAAUGAUUAUACAGCAUCAAUCAACCGUGUGAUGUGGAGUCCUGAUGGAACCCUUUUAGGUGUUGCAUACUCCAAGCACAUUGUGCACAUAUACACCUAUCAGGGUGGUGAUGAGUUACGGAAUCAUUUAGAGAUUGAGGCUCAUGUUGGCAGUGUCAAUGAUCUUGCAUUCUCAUAUCCAAACAAGCAGCUCUGUAUUGUCACCUGUGGCGAGGACAGGGUCAUUAAGGUGUGGGAUGCAGUCACAGGGGCUCUGCAGCAUACUUUUGAGGGUCAUGAAGCCCCUGUAUAUUCUGUUUGUCCACAUCGCAAGGAACGUAUUCAGUUUAUAUUUUCAACAGCAACUGAUGGGAAAAUAAAGGCAUGGUUGUAUGAUAAUGUGGGUUCCAGAGUUGACUAUGAUGCACCAGGUCAUUCAUCUACUACGAUGGCAUACAGUGCUGAUGGAACAAGGCUGUUCUCAUGUGGGACAAAUAAAGAAGGAGAUUCGUACUUAGUGGAAUGGAAUGAAAGUGAAGGAGCUGUCAAGCGUGCAUAUCAUGGUCUUGGAAAGCGUUCUGUAGGGGUUGUGCAAUUUGAUACCACUAAGAACAGGUUCUUGGCUGCUGGUGAUGAGUUUAUGGUCAAAUUUUGGGACAUGGAUAAUGUCAAUCUAUUGACAAGUACUGAUGCAGAUGGCGGAUUACCGGCCUCUCCUUGUAUCAGAUUUAAUAAGGAAGGAAUACUAUUGGCUGUGUCAACUAAUGAUAAUGGUGUUAAAAUACUAGCAAAUACAGAUGGCAUUAGGCUUCUACGAACAGUGGAAAAUCGUGCAUUUGAUGCUUCCAGAGUUGCUUCCACGGCUGUUGUGAAGCACCCUGCAAUUGGCACAUUUGGUUCCCCCAAUAUUGCUGGUGGAACAAACAUUGGAGACCAAGCUGCUCCAGGAGUGGCCAUUGUUGGAUUGAACAAUGACGGUCGAAGUUUGGCUGAUGUGAAGCCUCGAAUUGCUGAAGAGUCAAUAGACAAAUCAAGAAUCUGGAAACCAACGGAAAUCAAUGAACCAUCACAGUGCCGCUCGCUGAAGCUGCCCGACAAUUUAACAGCUAUGAGGGUUUCUAGAUUAAUUUAUACAAAUUCAGGGCUUGCUAUACUGGCAUUGGCAUCUAAUGCAGUACACAAGCUCUGGAAAUGGCAGAGAAAUGACCGAAAUGUGUCAAUGAAGGCUACAACAAGUGUUGCACCACAAUUGUGGCAGCCUACAAGUGGAAUAUUAAUGACAAAUGACAUAAGUGAUACAAACCCUGAAGAUGCUGUCUCGUGUUUUGCGCUUUCAAAGAAUGACUCGUAUGUUAUGUCUGCUUCAGGAGGGAAAAUCUCCCUAUUCAAUAUGAUGACGUUUAAGACAAUGACAACAUUCAUGCCCCCACCACCAGCAGCCACAUUUCUGGCAUUUCAUCCUCAAGACAAUAAUAUCAUUGCCAUAGGCAUGGAGGAUUCUUCCAUUCAAAUUUAUAAUGUUCGAGUUGAUGAGGUUAAGACCAAGCUAAAAGGUCAUCAGAAAAGGAUAACAGGUCUAGCUUUCUCUCAUGUAUUGAAUGUGCUUGUAUCUUCAGGAGCCGACUCCCAGUUAUGCGUUUGGCACACGAACGGAUGGGAUAAGCAGACGAGCAAGUUCUUGAAGAUUUCAAGUGGACGCACUGCAUCUGCUCUUGCAGAUACCCGAGUUCAGUUUCACCAGGAUCAGAUACAUUUAUUGGCUGUUCAUGAAACUCAGAUAGCUAUAUACGAAGCACCAAAACUAGAAUGCCCUAAGCAGUGGGUCCCUCUAGAAGCUAGUGGUCCAAUCACACAUGCUACAUAUUCUUGUGAUAGCCAGUCUAUUUAUGUGAGCUUUGAAGAUGGAAGUGUGAGUGUUCUCACCUCUUCGACACUCAGAUUGAGAUGUCGAAUUAAUCCUAAUGCUUAUCUUCCUCCAAAUCCAAGCUUAAGAGUGUAUCCUCUUGUCAUUGCGGCACAUCCAUCAGAACCCAAUCAGUUUGCACUAGGACUUACAGAUGGUGGAGUCUAUGUACUUGAGCCAUUAGAGUCGGAAGGAAAAUGGGGUACCUUGCCUCCAACUGAAAAUGGUGCUGGUCCAAGCACAACUUCUGGUGCAGCAGGUUCAGACCUACCUCAAAGGUGACAACUAAAUGUUCAUGCCUUGGACAAAAAGGACCUUUGAGUGUAUGUAUUUCUUCCAUGUGAUCAUUCCUCUCCCUGGUCUGGCAUAUUUUGAUAUUCGAUUUUCAUGGGGGAAGCUGCAACCAUAGUUCAGAUCAUGUCAAUUAACCAUGUAGAGAGUUUGUUUAAGUGGCGCCCAAAUCAGUUUGUGGCCAGGCACGCUGGCUGCUGGUUCCCCGAAUUUUAUAGGAUGAUUGGACUAAGUAUGAAUAUGGUGUAAAUUUAUAGAAAAGUACCAGAAGGAUAAGUUGGGGUCUAAUUAUAGAGAAAUUUGUUGAGAAAUUACAAGUUAAUUCGGUUGGGGCCCUAACUGUUUGAUAUCAGUCUGAUUCACUAUGUAAUUUUUUUUAGUGCUACUGCAGACAGAAUUGGUUUCUCUAAAUUAAUAUUAAUAUUUUUUC